AUGCUUGCGUCUCCUCCACGGGACAGGGAUUUUUUGAACGAAAAAGCUGAGAGCAUUCUUCACGGCUUCAAAUUAAAUUGGAUGAAUCUACGGGAUGCUGAAAGUGGUCGAGUCUUGUGGCAGAGUACAGAAGACAUGGCUGAUCCCCACCAGGAGCAUGAAGCGCAUGUUCCAAAGAGCAUCCUGAAAUGCCGCACCGUAUCCAGAGAAAUCAACUUCACAUCUGCCGAGAAAAUCAACAAAUUCCGUCUAGAACAGCGAGUUUUCCUGAAGGAAAAUAUUGUAGAAGAAUGGUUCUUCGAAUUCGGUUUCGUCAUUCCUGAUUCAACAAACACUUGGCAAACGCUAAUUGAAGCCGCACCGGAAUCACAAAUGCUGCCAGCAUCACUGUUGAGCGGUAACAUAGUCGUGGAGACGUUAUUCUACGACGAUGACCUUCUCAUAAGCACGUCCAAAGUGAGACUCUUCUACGACUAA